UGUCUAGUUGAAACACGUUACGACAGACAAGUCUUGCAACCUUUUCCGAUCAUGGCUGACAAGACAGCACCCACAUCUCAGCUCCGACUGGAAUGGGUGUACGGUUACAGGGGUCACCAGUGUCGCAACAAUUUAUUUUACACUGCAAGCAAAGAUAUUGUUUAUUUUGUAGCCGGUGUUGGUAUUGUUUACAACUUGAGAGAAAACAAACAGAGGUUUUUCCUUGGCCAUGACGACGAUAUUGUCAGUUUAACUUUACACCCAGACAGAACUCUGGUUGCGACUGGUCAGAUUGGUAAAGCUCCUUACAUCUGUGUCUGGGAUUCUGUAACCAACAGCACAGCCUCCAUUCUUAAAGAUGGUCACGAGAAUGGUGUCGGGGCUCUCGGCUUUGACAAAGACGGCCAUAGAUUGGUUUCUGUUGGAAUGGACCAGCAUUCCACUAUCAAUGUGUGGGAUUGGAGGAAAGGCAAAAUCAUCUCAACUGUGCGAGGGCAUUCUGACAAGGUAUUUGAUGUACAGUUCAACCCAUUCCUGCCUAAUACCAUUGUCUCCUGUGGGGUUAAGCACAUCAAGUUUUGGUCUUUGUGUGGGAAUGCUCUCACCCCUCGAAAGGGUGUGUUUGGAAGUGCUGGAGAAAUACAGACCAUUCUGUGUUUGGCAUUUGGGCCUGAUGACCUGACGUAUAGCGGCACCCUUGGUGGUGACAUCUAUAUCUGGAAGGGAAGCAACUUGGAUCGUGUUAUUUCAGGCGCUCACAAGGGCCCUGUCUAUUCUCUUCAUAUGAGUGACGAUGGAUAUGCUAGUGGAGGCAAAGACAGCUGUGUUAAAAUGUGGGAUGCAGAUUUCAAGCCGGUUGUUUCAGUGAACCUUGCAAAUGCUCCUGAUGGAUAUAAAGGUUUAAGUAUUAGAAGUGUCUGUUGGCGUGGCGACCGUUGUUUGGCGGGCACCCAGGAUAGUGAAAUAUUUGAGAUUGUUGUGAAGGACAGAGAUAAGCCUCAGUGUCUGGUUCAGGGUCAUGCUGAGGGAGAGUUGUGGGCCUUGGCAGUUCAUCCAAGGAAGCCCAUGUUUGCUACUGGCAGUGAUGACCAGACAUUAAGAUUGUGGAAUAUGGGCAACUAUGACCUGCUGUCAAAGACUACGCUUGAACACAAGAUCCGUUCAUGUGCAUUUGACAACGAUGGGCAGCAUAUUGCUGCAGGGUUCACCGACGGUUCCUUCAUGGUGCUCCGAUCAAGGGAUUUGACUGAGGUUGUCCACAUCAAGGACAGAAAGGAGGUGAUUCAUGAGAUGAAGUUUUCCCCUUGUGGUCAUUUUCUGGCUGUUGCGUCCAAUGACAAUUUUGUUGACAUCUACUCCACUGAGCAGCGAUACAAGCGGGUGGGCACCUGCAGUGGUAGUUCGAGUUUCAUCACCCACAUUGACUGGUCGGAUGACAGCAAACACCUGCAGACAAACAGUGGGGCCGCAGAGAGGCUCAUCUUCAAAAUGCCUACUGGUAAGCAAGCCACGAACAAGGAGGAAAUAGCCAGCAUUCACUGGGCAACCUUCACUGGGGUGUUGGGACCCGAGGUGAACGGCAUCUGGGAGAAAUACACAGACACAAAUGAUGUGAACGCAGUUGAUGCAAAUUUCACGGCUCAAGUUGUAGCUACAGCAGAUGAUUUUGGUCUCGUCAAACUCUUCAGGUUUCCCUGUCUGAAAAAAGGAGCUAAGUUCAGAAAGUACGUUGGCCACUCUGCUCAUGUGACGAACGUGCGGUUCGCGGCAGACAAACAUCGGGUUAUAUCUACAGGUGGAGCUGACCAUUCAGUCUUCCAGUGGAGGUUCCUGCCAGAAGGAACCACUGAAGAUGAUUUGCCUGAAGCCAUCAAUGCCUAUGUGGACUCUAACAGUGAGGACAGUGACUCAGACAUGUCUGAUAUCGGUGAGCUCGAUUCUGAUCUGGAGAGAGAGAAGCAGGUUCGCUAUGACCGUGUCCUGUACAAGGAAGACACGGCCAACUUCAAAAAGCUGAUGCGGCAGGAUAUGAAACCAGGAGUGAAGAGGAAACGAGGACCAACAAACAGCUUGAAACUGGAAUACGUUCAUGGGUACCGUGGCUAUGACUGUCGUAACAACUUGUUCUACACCCAGAAUGGUGAGAUUGUGUACCACGUGGCUGCUGUAGGUAUUGUGUACAACAAGGAGAAAAACCAACAGCGAUUCUACCUGGAGCACACAGAUGAUAUCCUGUGUCUUUGUAUCCACCCAAUCAAAGACCUCAUUGCCACGGGACAGGUUGGAAGGGAUCCAUCAAUUCAUAUCUGGGAUGCUGAGACGUUGAAAACAGGGGCCAUUUUAAAAGGUCAUCAUCAGCGAGGGAUAUGUGCCCUGGAUUUUUCAGUUGAUGGGAAGAAGCUGGUGUCUGUUGGCUUGGAUGACAACCACAGUGUAGUUGUGUGGGACUGGAAGAAGGGUGAAAAACUUGCAUCCACCAGGGGUCAUAAGGACAAAAUCUUUGUGGCAAAGUGGAAUCCCUUUGAUAACAACAAACUGGUAACCGUUGGAGUGAAACAUAUCAAGUUCUGGAGCCAAGCAGGAGGUGGUUUCACCUCUAACAGAGGCACCAUGGGGAAGGUUGCCAAGCUCUGUGACAUGUUGUGUGUCUCGUAUGGGAAGACGGCAGACACUUGUUUCUCUGGUGGCAGUGAUGGUAAUGUCUUCAUUUGGAAUGGAAACAUCCUGCAGAAAACAGUGAAAGCUCAUGAAGGACCUGUGUUUGCCAUGCAUUCAUUGGACAAGGGUUUUGUGACAGGAGGUAAAGAUGGAGUGAUCGGCCUGUGGGACGACCAGUUUGAACGGUGCCUCAAGAACUACGCCAUCAAACGUGCAUCCAUAACUCAGGGAUCUAAUGGCAUGUUGAUCUCCGAGUCUCCCGCUGUCAGAGCCAUCGUGCUGGGCCAUGGCAAGAUACUCGUGGGCACAAAGAAUGGCGAGAUUCUGGAAAUUGACAAAGCAGGACCUAUCUCGAUUAUUUCUCAGGGUCACAUGGAGGGUGAGGUGUGGGGUUUGGCUGUCCACCCAUCUCUUGAUGUGUAUGCCACUGUCAGUGACGACCGAACACUGCGACUGUGGGAGGUUUCUACAGAACACAAGAUGCUCAACUACAAAGAACUGAAGCAGGCAGGUCGUUGUGUGGCAUUCUCCCCAGAUGGGAAAGCAAUUGCUGUUGGACUUAAAGAUGGUAGUUUCGUGGUCAUCAAUGCUGAGACGAUGGAUGAUAUCAUCAGUAAUCAUCACAGGAAAGAAGAAAUUUCAGACAUCAAGUUUUCUCCCGAUGUAGGAAAAUACCUAGCUGUUGCAUCCCAUGACAACUUUGUUGACCUCUACAAUGUGAUGAGCACAAAGCGAGUUGGAACAUGCAAGGGAGCUUCUAGCUAUAUUACACACAUUGACUGGGACACCAGAGGAAAAGUACUGAUGGUAAACUCUGGUGCCAAGGAGCAGCUAUUCUUUGAGGCUCCGAGGGGUAAAAGGAUCACACUGAGAUCUCAGGAGAUCGAGAAAUUUGGCUGGGACACGUGGACAUGUGUUCUUGGUCAUACAUGUGAGGGUAUCUGGCCACCCAAGUGUGACGUCACCGAUGUGAAUGCUGCAACCUUGUCACGGGAUGGAAGUCUUCUGGCAACUGGAGACGAUUUUGGAUUCGUGAAGCUUUUCUGUUACCCAGCUAUUGGCAAGUAUGCCAAGUUCAAAAAGUAUGUGGGUCACAGUGCCCAUGUGACGAAUGUCCGAUGGACUCGCAACAACAAGCACCUGAUCAGUCUAGGAGGAGCAGACACCUCGGUUCUGGUGUGGUCUCACAUCGGCAUGUCUGACGCUCGCACCAAUGCUUGUGGGGAGAGCGAUGACUCCGACACUGAUGAUGAAGAGGAAGGUUAUGACAGUGAUGUAGAGAGGGAGAAGAAAAUGGACUACACGUCAAAGAUUUAUGUAAAUCCAAUAAUGGAGAAAGAAGGGGUCCGACCUCACCUUCAAGAUAUGCAGCAGUUAGCAAAACUAGCUGUGCAAAUCAAGCGGCUUAAACCUGCAGUAAGUCGAUAUACUGCUGUUCCUCCCAAAGUCCUUCGAGCAGAACCGCCACCAACUGCUGGAGGCAAACGAAAGAAGAUGAUACAAGUUUCUGAUCUACAGUUGGAGCAUGUCCAUGGCUACCGUGGGUUUGAUGCGAGAAGUAAUUUGUACUACAUCAAUGAUGGUGCUGAUAUCGUGUUCCACGCUGCUGGUGCUUGCAUAGUCCAGAAUCUGUCUUCAGGUGUUCAGUCUUUCUAUCUGAAGCACAAUGAUGACAUCAUCAGUUUGACUGUCAACCAGCACCCAAAGCUUAAAAAUGUGAUUGCCACAGGCCAGAUUGGCAACACUCCAUCCGUCCAUGUCUGGGAUGCGGUUACCAAGGAAACACUGUCGAUAAUCCGAGGGGUACACUCGAAGGGUGUGUGUGCUGUCGACUUCUCCUGCACUGGGAAAUACUUGCUGACAGUGGGACUGGAGGAGGAACAUAAUGUGGCUGUGUGGAGGUGGCAGGAUGGAACCAAAGUUGCCAGUGCUCCAGGUCAUACCCAGAGAAUAUUCCAGGCCGAGUUCCGUCCUGAUUCCGACAGUCAAUUUGUGACAGUGGGUGUGAAACAUGUCAAGUUCUGGACAGUAGCUGGAAGUCAGCUAGUUGGAAAACGGGGAAUUCUUACAACUACAGAGUCGGGAAUAAACAUCAAAAAGAUGCAGACGAUGUUGUCAGUGGCAUUUGGAGCAAACAAUUUGACAUACACUGGAGCUCUGAGUGGUGAUGUGUAUGUUUGGCAUGACAACACAUUGGCUCGAUUGGUACAGAAGGCACACAAUGGUCCUAUCUUUACCAUGUUCACAACUCUGCGGGAUGGCCUCAUUGUAACUGGAGCCAAGGAAGUGCUGUUGAAAGACAGCGGACCCGUCAAACUGUGGGAUCAGGACAUGAAGCGAUGUAAAGCAUUCGCCAUCAGUGAAGGGGUAAAGAAAGCAGACAUUGUCAAGUCGGUCUGCAGACUAAAGGGUAAAAUUCUGGUUGGUACUGGAGACAACAAUGUUUUGGAGAUUUCUGAGAAGAACGGAGCGAUCCAGGUGAUAGUGUCGGGUCAUGGAGAAGGGCAGGUGUGGGGUCUAGAUCGACAUCCAGCAUCAUCACAGUUUAUCACAGCCAGCUUUGAUGGAUCAGUUUGCCUCUGGGAUGCGUCUGCUAAGUCUCUUCUUGCCAAACUGGAAGUAGGAGCUGCGAGAUCUGUGGCUUUCAGCACUAAUGGUGAGAUGAUUGCAGUGGGGCUCAAAACGGGAGAAUUCCUCAUCCUCAUGACUAAUGGUUUGACACUUUGGGCCAAGAAACGAGACCGGUCCGGAGCGAUCAAUGACAUCCGGUUCAGUCCAGAUGGAAAAUACCUGGCUGUCGGUUCUGACGACAGUUGUGUAGAUUUCUACGACAUCAGUCAGGGACCAGGUUUGUCACGAGCUGGAUUCUGCACAGGUAUUCCCAGCUUUGUCAUACAGAUGGACUUCUCUGCAGACAGCAAUUACAUCAGGGUGAGUACAGGAGCAUACAUCAACCAGGUGUUCAAAGUGCCAGGGGGAGCGAUUGUUGAGGACCUUGCCAUCACCAGCAAGAUAACAUGGGCUACCUGGACUAGUGUUCUAGGAAGAGAGGUUAUUGGAAUAUGGCCCAAGGACUCGAGCAAUGCUGAUGUGAACUGUGCACAUCUCUCUCAUCUGGGCAAUGCCUUAGCAACUGGAGAUGAUUCUGGCUAUGUCAAGCUCUUCAAUUUCCCAUGCCCUGAAAAAGAUGCACCGCACAAGAAGUUUGUUGGACACUCGGCCCAUGUGACAAAUGUUCGCUUUACCUGUGAUGACAAACACCUGAUCAGCAUAGGGGGAGAUGACUGCUGUGUCUUUUUAUGGAAGUGUUUCUAAGAGAGCUGUAUCUCAUUUGACUAUAGACACUGCCGAUUUCACAUGGUGACUUCAAGCUGUUUACAUUACGCAGUCAGUGAUUUUUGAGACUGAACCAAGGACUGUAUUGUUUUGUAUUAUUUCAUAGGCGGUGUUUAGAAUUAGAUGACAAUUUUUUCACUCAAUCUGAUCUCACCUGUGGACAUUUCACUGCAGUCUGCCUAUCUAACUACCAUUGAACAUUACGAACCACAUCACGUUUGUCUCAUUAUUCAGCAAAUUAUAGACCGCCAUUCUUUUGCUGAGGAUUGGGGUUUUGUGAGCAGUGUAUUAAAAAAAAUUGGUUAUAGCUGGAGUUAUUUAUCCAGUUUUUAAAAAACAAAAUAUGACAUUUAUAUCGAAUUCCAAAUCUUUGACUGUGAUAGAAUUUUUUCUUCUUCUCUUUUUGCCUUGUAUUCCUGUUAAUUUUUUUUUACAUUUUAUUAAUGUUUAUAUAUUGUCAAGUUAUUUUCUGUUUGUGUAAUUGAAACCAGGAGAUCUUGGUGAUGGCAGCAUCACCAUAAAUAUACACCUUGAAAUUAAUUAAGCACCAACAAGUUUUGACCAUGUGACAUAUUUCGCAAGUAAUUCUGACUAUUUUAUGUCCACACUAAAAAUAAUGUUCUUUGUAUACUGACAUUAAAAAAGAUUGACAGCAAGUAAGAAUGUUAUUACAUCAAUAUUAAAUGUAUUCUAGAGGAAAAAAGAAAGGCACUGCAUAUAUGAGGAGCUCGUAGGAGCUGUAAAUAUGCAUGGAAAUGUAUGGUAAUUAACUUUGGAGUUGGAAUCACAUUGAUGUGGUAAAAACUCUCAAUAUCUAUCUGCCUUUUUGACUAAAAAACAGUUCAAAUGGUGCUUGAAUAAUUUCAAGGUGUUUAUUAUGUUGUGUUUAAGGCAGUUAUAGAUUUGAUAGUCAUUUCAUAUAUUCAGUUUUAUUUAAUGUUACAUAUAUUCUCAUUCAUUUAGGGUAUAAAUUCUUGUUUGUAACAGUUUUAGACAUCAACUAUUUUUUUCCCCAGAAUUUGUAACCAAUUGCUUUAUUAAAGUAAUCCUAAUGUAGAAUCUAAAUAUCAAAUAAUCAUAAACAUUUAAUAGACUUGUGCCUUGAAUAUAACCUGUUGUAGAAAGUUCAUAAGAAUAUUGUAAUUAUAUAUUCUAGCAGGAUUUUAAUUGUUUUAUUAUAUAAAAAGUAUCUAUAGUGA